AUGACUCGUAUCGCUAUUAUCUCCAGUGAUUACUUUGAAAGAAAGGAAGGUAGUCUCGAGUUGGUAUAUUUGGAUUUGAUAAGAGUUGAGAACAUUCUGACUCACUCUGUUCCCUAUCUACCGUUACUUGGAUUCUGUUGUAAAAUUAUCUUGCAUCAUGAUAGCGGAAGAAGAAUCGAACAUGUAUACGCUCGCCUUCUUGAAAGCAAACGCGAAAUGCUUGCUGAUUUGAAUAACAAUACAGUCAACAUAAUCUUGGGAAGCAUCAAGAUGUAUUAUGCAAACUUCUUUGACAUCUUCAGAACGGUCAAAUGUCACAACAAGUUUGAAAGAGUUGUAAGUUAUGGCUUGCCUUCUUGUAAGCAUACUUUCGCUGCAAUUCAUAAUUCGAACCUCGAUUAUCCAUUGGAGAAUGUUCCAUCGUAUUAUGAGAGCCAGCAUCCUGUUAUAGAUGGUAAAAAUUGUUAUACAUGCAACAAGACUAUUGGUGAGCCCGAAUUGAAAAUGUGCAGAAGAUUGGUUAUCCGAUUGCCAUCUAUAUCUCUAGACAAUGAGAUGAGAAGAUACUUUCAUCUCUAUUCAUUGGUAGAUGACGAAGAUGAAGAUGAUGAACUACUUGAUUUAGAGGUUUUGGAUUUUCUAGAUGCAGAUUCAAUUUGUUCUCAACAAAUACCUGCUCUCAACGCUCUUGGAUUCUGCUGUGAACUGUUAACUAUUGAUACAACAACUGAGUGUGAGAUGAAAUGGCUUGUGAGAGGACUUUAUGGAAAGAGUUGCAAAUCUGAACUGGGAUCAUUCAUAGAUUAUACAGAGUGUCUUGAUGAUAUGACCAUGUAUGAAGGAAGAGGAAUUGGAGAUCUGACACCGGUUUAUUGUCCUCAAACUGUCAUAUUCUACCUUGACAGAUUCGGAUUUGAUGAUAUGAUAGUCAAGAGAAGCUCUCUCAUGAUUCUCGAAGGAGGAGAGAAGCUGUCCUGUACCAGUCGUUCACUUGCACCAAAAUAUAUCUCUGAUCUCCAGCAACUGUCAGACAUGCCAGGAUACGCAACACAGAAUCGGUUCUUGAAUUCUUAUGUUCGUUGGAGCUUCAGGUGUAGCACUCGACACAGUUUGCGGAUUCAAUUCCAACACCAAAGAAGAUUGUAUAUCUUUGGGUAA